AUGCACUUAUCUGAAUAUCAUGGAAUAAACAUCUAGGAUAAAUUAGAAAAAGCCAUUAAAAGCAAACCUAAUACGGAUCUGAAGAGAAGCCUGGAACAAUAAAUAGAGUAGAUACUAAAAGAUGUAUAAGACAAGUAAGUGGAGUAUGAUUUAUAAAAUAAAUAAAUAAAUAAGGAUUAUGGCACUCUUAAAUUAACUGCAGUCUAAGCACAAGUGUCUGAAUUGUUGCAGCAAAAUGUCUAAAUAGUAUCCAUCAAUGUUUACAUGUAGUACAUUUUUUUGAUUAUAGAUAGAAUCACUCAUCAAAAGUAUAGCAACUGCUAAAUCUCAGAAGCAAAAAUUGCAUAUACUUCAAUCAGAACGUGUAAUUCAAGGUAUUUUGACAAAGAGACAGUUAGGAUUGCCGGAUCCUUGCAUAAUAAAUUUACUCAAUUCUUAAAUUUUCCUCAAGCAUAUUUACCAUAUCUGCAGAGGUGUUUAUACUCUAAGCAAAUUUAUUUCUAAGAAAAUGUACAGCCAUAAUUUUUUUUUAUAGUUAGUAUUAGAUUGACUUUGAAUAAUACUCAGAACGUUAAGUAAAGGUUCAAAUAUUUUAUGAUAACCAUAGUAAACGAGAAUUGUAACUACUUACUGGAGCUCUACUGGUUUACAAAGUUUACAUUUGAAAAACAGCUUCAGCUGA